AUGCCAACGGUGUUGUCAGCCAAUUCCAGUAUGUACAUACAUAUUACACCAGGUAGUAACAUCAGUUAAUUACGAACCUUCGAAGUACGUACAUGCAUAUUUUUUGACCACUAAGGUAUAGGAAGAUUUUAGUUUUUUUGUCAACCAGGUGUCUCGGGGUAUCGUAUUACAAACUAGGCGCGAGCCAGCAUGCCCUCCCUUGUAGGCUCGCUGGUUGUCGAACGCGUGUCCAAGACCCGGGCGCGUGGCAAGGGGUGCAAUAUCGCGGUUUAUCGCGAUCGUGAACGACUUUUUGGGGGAGGUCGCCGAGAUCGACGCUGGCGAUUGACGACAGCAGUCUCCGACGAACUUGAGGAAAGACGGAGCAUAUUGUAUACGGCAGAUAAAGACGCCCUUGCACAAAGGUAUUUGUUGAAACGUGGAAUUUCAUAAAAAAAAACCUCUACAAAACCGAUUUAUUUUAUAGUGAAAUUAAAGGCAAAUUAAUUAUUUUUUUUUGUUUAGAUAUAGUUUUUAUGAUUUUUAUUUUAUUUUUAGACGUAAGUACUCCCUUAACCCCUUGCCCUAUUUUGACGAGUCUGACUCGUGAUGCAAAUUUUAGGCCAAACUUGAAUAUCACGAGUCUAACACGUAAUCGACAUUUCGGGACAAACAUAAAUAUCACGAGUCGAACUCGUGGUCUUCAUCUCCAACCAAAUAUGAAUGUCUCGAAUGUGAUCUUGUGUCCCAAUGCUGCUGUGUGCAGGCCACGUGUUAUCUGGGAGACAUUUUCCAUGUAUAAAAAAAGGAGCAAAAUUACUAAAAAAGCAAGUAGUUUGCGUGGAAGUGAGAGUAGUGGAAAGGCUUCCAAUGUUUCAAGCUGUCAAAUGAUAGAUAUUGAAAGAAUUACAGACAAUGACGACAGUUCUAAUGACAACAGCGUCAUUGUGCCAGUUCUAAAUCCCGCAAGAAGAUCAAUUAUACUUGACAGUAGUGAAGAAGAAGAUAGCAGACCUGAAUCGAGUGUGUUGAAUGGGAUUGGAAGGAAACUGAUGAACAGAGCAAUAAUUCGGGAAUAUUCCGAGUCUCGUGGUGUAAAAGACCAUGUUUUAAAUCAGUUAGGCGCGAAUCACGGAUUAUUAGAUUUAUUUUUUGCUGUGUUCGACGGAAAUUUGUGGGACAUGUUAGUUACGCAAACAAAUCUUUAUGCGCAACAAAUAAUGAACGACGAGAGAAGAAGGAAAAUGGAUGAUGGUUGGUUUCCAGUUACCCACCAUGAAAUGAUGGCCUAUUAUGCGCUCUGUAUUUUAAUCCUUUCGCUACGAGCGUCGCCUAUAGACAAGAUCCGCGUGACGACC